UAUAAAUUCUUACCAAACAUAAAUUGAGCGACUCACUCAUUUCAGUACCAAAGCAAAACCCAUUAUUUCAUAUUCACAACCAUGGAGAUCUUUUCCUUGUUGUGCUACUCGCUCUUUUAUCUUUCUAUAUUUUUCAUCAUUAGGCUUUUGUUCCAAUCAAGAAGAUUCAAAAACCUCCCACCAGGUCCACCUUCUCUUCCCAUAAUUGGCAAUCUCCACCAUCUCAAACGCCCCCUCCACCGCACCUUCAAAGAACUCACUAAAAAAUAUGGUGAUGUCAUUUCUCUUUGGUUUGGAUCACGUCUUGUGGUUGUUGUUUCUUCUCUAUCCGAAUUCCAACAAUGUUUCACUAAAAACGACGUUGUCUUAGCAAAUAGACCAAAAUUUAUCUCAGGAAAAUAUAUCUUCUACAAUUAUACUACCUUAGGAUCUGCAUCCUAUGGUGAACAUUGGCGCAACCUCCGUCGUAUCACUUCCCUCGACGUCCUUUCAAACCACCGCAUCAACAAUUUCUCUGGAAUCCGAAAGGAUGAGACUCAAAGGCUAAUAAAGAAAUUGGCUGAGGAUUCAUCCUCUAACUUUGCUGAAGUAGAACUUAGUUUUAGGUUUUAUGAUAUGACCUUCAACAACAUCAUGCGAAUGAUCUCUGGAAAGAGAUACUACGGAGAAGAUUGUGACAUGAGUGAUCUUCAAGAAGCAAGUCAAUUCAGGGAUAUGGUUACUGAACUGUUGCAAUUGUCCGGUGCAAACAACAAAACUGAUUUCCUGCCUUUGCUUAGAUUUCUUGAUUUUGAAAACUUGGAGAAGAAGGUCAAGAAUAUCGGUGAAAAAACUGACGCAUUCUUGAGUGGACUUCUUCAAGAGCAACGCAACAAGAAGGAACGUACAAAUACCAUGAUAGAUCAUCUCCUAAGUAUGCAAGAAUCACAACCUGAGUACUACACCGACCAAAUCAUCAAAGGCCUUGUUUUGGCCAUGCUCCUUGCCGGAACCGACACUACUGCUUUAACUUUAGAGUGGUCAAUGUCAAAUUUGUUGAACCAUCCAGAGGUACUGAAGAAGGUAAGGGAUGAAUUGGAUACUCAUGUAGGACAAGAUCGUUUGGUAGAUGAAUCAGACCUUCCAAAUCUGACUUACAUUAAAAAUGUGAUCUACGAGACGCUUCGGUUGUAUGGUCCAGCCCCUUUAUUAAUACCACACUCAACUUCAGAUGAUUGCAUUAUUGGAGGAUAUAAAAUACCACGAGACACCAUAGUACUAAUUAAUGCUUGGGGCAUUCAAAGGGAUCCUGAGUCGUGGAGUGAGGCCACAACCUUCAAGCCCGAGAGGUUUAACAAAAAAGGAGAGUUGGAGAAGUUGAUUGCAUUUGGGAUGGGAAGAAGGGCGUGUCCUGGAGAAGCCUUGGCUCUUCGAGCAAUCAGUAUGACUUUGGCAUUAUUGGUUCAAUGUUUUGAUUGGAAACGUACAAGUGAUGACAAGAUUGAUAUGGCAGAACGAGAUGGAUUCGCCUUGAAAAAAUUAGUUCCAUUAAGAGCCACGUGUAAAACUCGUUUGAUCGUAAACAAGGUUUUCAAGGAAUCAAUUUCCGUCGAACCUUCUAGUUCUAGAGUUCUUUGAAAUUUUUAUUCAUAAAUGUGCAAGUACUGUAUAUGUAUUCUCAAUCGGUGUUAAAUGUGUCCUGAAAAAGAUAUAACAAGUUCCCUUUGUUCCUUUACAUUGUUGCAACUUGCGUCUAGGAUGAGUAAAAGAAAACAAUCAGUUGGUUGAUUAUGUGUGUAGUGGCAUAUAGUGGGUAUCCAGAACAUACAAAUACUAAAUAAUUUGAUGGUGGAUAGGUUGUGGGACCGACCUAUUGAAUGUAUGUUAGUCUUUUGAUGGAUGUAGAUGAAAAAUCAUUUGAUUUCUACUUUUUCUAUAUACUAGUUUGUAACCCGUGCAGCCGCACGGAAACAAUGAUUUUAAUAAAUAAAUGGUUAUAUUUUAUA